AUGGGAGCCACCCGCCUGCUGCCCAACCUCACUCUGUGCCUGCAGCUACUGAUUCUCUGCUGUCAAACCCAGGGGGAGAAUCACCCGUCUCCUAAUUUUAACCAGUACGUGAGGGACCAGGGCGCCAUGACCGACCAGCUGAGCCGGCGGCAGAUCCGUGAGUACCAGCUCUACAGCCGGACCAGUGGCAAGCACGUGCAGGUCACCGGGCGUCGCAUCUCUGCCACCGCGGAGGACGGCAACAAGUUUGCCAAACUCAUAGUGGAGACGGACACGUUUGGAAGCCGUGUGCGCAUCAAGGGUGCUGAGAGUGAGAAAUACAUCUGUAUGAACAAGAGGGGCAAGCUCAUUGGAAAGCCCAGUGGGAAGAGCAAGGACUGCGUGUUCACGGAGAUCGUGCUGGAGAACAACUACACCGCCUUCCAGAAUGCUCGGCACGAGGGCUGGUUCAUGGCCUUCACGAGGCAGGGCCGGCCACGCCAGGCGUCUCGCAGCCGCCAGAACCAGCGAGAGGCCCACUUCAUCAAGCGCCUUUACCAGGGCCAGCUGCCCUUCCCCAACCACGCCGAGAGGCAGAAGCAGUUCGAGUUCGUGGGCUCGGCCCCCACCCGCCGGACCAAGCGCACGCGGAGGCCACAGCCCCUGACGUAG